GCGUGUUUUCCAUUGGACAGAAAUCCAAGAUGUCGCGUGGUACGAGUGCUGGAUUUGACCGACACAUUACAAUUUUUUCGCCAGAAGGGCGGUUAUACCAAGUUGAAUAUGCUUUCAAAGCGAUAAAUCAAGGUGGACUAACCUCCAUUGGUCUUCGAGGGGCUGACUCAGCAGUGGUUGUCACUCAAAAGAAAGUACCGGACAGACUGUUAGAUUCCAACACUGUAACACAUCUCUUUGAAUUGUCAGAGAGAAUAGGAUGUGUCAUGACUGGACUUAUAGCUGAUGCACGUUCUCAGGUUCAGAGAGCAAGAUAUGAGGCUGCCAACUGGAAAUAUAAAUAUGGCUAUGAAAUUCCUGUGGACAUGUUGUGUAAAAGAAUUGCUGAUAUUUCACAAGUCUAUACCCAAAAUGCCGAGAUGCGACCAUUAGGAUGCAGUAUGAUUCUGGUUGGAAUAGACGAAGAAAAAGGUCCACAGCUAUACAAAACAGAUCCUGCUGGUUAUUACUGUGGUUUCAAAGGCUGCAGUGUGGGUGUAAAGCAAACAGAAGCCAACAGUUUUCUGGAAAAGAAAAUAAAGAAAAAACAUGCUUGGACACAAAGCGAAACUAUUGAGACUGCCAUCAGUUGUCUGUCAUCAGUGUUGUCUGCUGACUUCAAACCAUCUGAGAUAGAAGUUGGUAUUGUCACAACUGACAAUCCACGUUUCAAGGUUCUCACCGAGGCUGAAAUUGAUUUACAUUUGGUAGCCAUAGCUGAGCGGGAUUAAACAAGCAUUAUUGGACAACACUGGCAACUAGCUUUCAGGAAAAGAAUCAAGAUUGUUAUCAUUUGCAGGAGACUUGAACUGCUUAGAUGUCUAGAAAGACUUUCCUAAAAGCUAACUAUGGUCCUCACAACUUUGCAACUCAGUAAUACAUGCACCUUUUUAAAAAGUUGGCUCACUUGUAUUCCUAUAACCACCAAUAAAUUGAUAUUAUUGUUGUGAUCAA